AUGGAGCACGCUAGGCAUAGAUUACGGGGGAUUUUUCAUCGGCACCCAAAGAAUACUGGUGCAGAGGGUCAUCCCAUAGAAAAGUCCGAAAGUGUACCAGAAGACAAAGAAGGCAAGCCCCUCGAGAAACCGACACCGCAAGAGUCCCGGGCGAUUCUCGCAGGCAGAACCACGAACCUCUGGCAAAGAGCAGAGAAUAGAUUGAAUAGCAACCCAGAUAAGCGGCAGCUUAUGCAAGCUGCCCACGCAGCGCUGACCGCCGACCUGGGGGAGGAGCUGGAGCCGAGCGGCACCUCUGCCCGCCAGGCCCAAUUGAGCAGGCUCUUUCAACGUCGAGUCAACGCGCUGGAGAGACAAAAAUGGAGGAUUCAAUUCGGCGAUCACGAGGUGGCUGUUCAGGAUUUGGUGGCUAGCACUUUUGAAAAAGUCUUGGUGGUGAAGGGGCUGGUUGAUACGGCCGCCAGCGCCAGUCCCCCAGCAGCGCUUGCAUGUGCCGGACUUUCGGUCGUUUUCACGCUCGCUCUUCAAGCAACUACCCAGCAGGCGGUUCUUCUGGAGACGUUAGACUAUUCCUCCGAUUUAAUGUGCCGCUUCCAGGUCAUGGAGGACGUUUACCGUCUGGGUGAGAAUGCUUCUCAUGGUCCACCAGGGCACCGUGCUGAAUUGCUUGAGAAAUUCGAAGACCAUUUGACCGACUUAUACGCUAUUAUCCUCGAAUUUCAAGCCCGCGCGCUGUAUUACAUGGGAAAACAUAGCUUCGUUCGAACCCUAAGUGACGCUUUUGAACAUGAUGGAUGGAAUACUAUCUUGGGAAGCAUGAAAUCCCUCGAGACCAACACGGAGAAAGAUGCACAACUAAUCGGUGCUGCAAAUGUGGAUCAAAAGUUGAACGAGAUCCAGAAUAGCCAACUUCAAGAAAACGCCCGUCGUAUCAUCACAGAUCGCGACCAAAAGGCAUUCGAAUUCCUGCGCGCUCUAUAUAACUGCCCAUACAAAGACCGAAAGGACCGAAACGAUGUUCGAGUUCCUGGUACAUGUGAAUGGUUUACGCAUCAUCAUUUGUUCGAAAAUUGGCAUCGAACCGAGGGCUCGAGUCUUCUUUGGGUAUCUGCUGAUCCUGGCUGCGGCAAAUCAGUCCUGACCAAGUAUCUCGUGGAUGAAUUCCUUCCCGACCUGAAGAAGCCCACAAUAUGUUACUUCUUCUUCAAAGAUGACUUUUCAGAUCAAAACACCGCGACCAGCGCAUUAUGUGCGAUUCUACGUCAAAUAUUUUUAGCUCACCCACAGCUUCUACGGGACCCAAUCCUGACCAAGUUUGGGACGGACGGUGAACGCCUGACCAAAUCCUUCAAUGAUCUCUGGUCUAUCUUUACGAAUGUGACGGCAGACCCCAAAUCAGGAGAGAUUAUUUUUAUCCUGGACGCUCUCGAUGAAUGCCGGAAAGAUGGCCGAGACAGGCUAAUAGAGGCUGUCACUCGUUUCCAACAGGGUGGUCCGAAAAGCGCCAACGUGAAAUUCCUCAUCACAAGUAGGCCAUAUCUCGAUAUUUACCGAGAAAUACAGGGCAAUCAACAGGACUUAUCAAGAGUUCAUCUCAGUGGCGAGGGCGAAGAAGAGCUCGGUCAAAUUUCGAAUGAGAUCAACCUUGUUACUCAGAAACGAGUCGAGGAUAUUUGUCGUGAACGUCGUCUUACCUCAAACCAAGCUAAGAUGUUGAUUGACGAGCUUCUGCCCGUGGUUGACCGCACCUACCUCUGGGUCACCUUAACUAUGGAUGUGAUUAGAAGUACCCCCAGCUUCACCAAGGGAAACAUUCGUGCGGCAGUGAAACAGCUUCCAGCUACCGUUGACGAUGCCUAUGAGAAGAUUCUUACUCGAAGUCCGACGCCGGAGCGAGCGAGAACAAUUUUACAUGCUAUUUUGGCCGCAGAGAGACCCCUUUCGGUGAGUGAGAUGGCUUUGAUAGUGGCUUGCGAACAAGCCUUCAGGGAAUCCGUGGAUAUUGAGGAUUUUCUGGAGUCCGAAGAUGAUUUCAAACAAACGCUUCGAGAGAUCUGUGGUCUCUUUGUAGUCAUCAUUCAUUCAAGAUUAUACUUGCUCCAUCAAACCGCUAGGGAGUUUUUAGUCGGAUCGAAGUCUGCAUCGAAGUCUGCAUCUCCUCUGAACCAGGUUUCAGCGGCUACCGUAUGGAAGGGUUCCUUCGAUCUCCAGGUAUCCAACCGCCUGCUGGUAGAUGUCUGCGUGCGCUAUCUUACGUCGGAUAAAUGUAACGAACUGAAGGCACUUGAGGAAUAUUCCAAACAGAACUGGGUGACGCAUUUCAAGUCAUGUCCAAUCGGAGCCGAUGACUCUAUUAUACCCCUGGCCGGUCAGCUCUGUGGCUCAGGUAACCAGAGUUCUCUCAAAUUUGCCUUUGCAUCUGGUCUCCCAUAUGUGGUAGAAUAUCUGAUCAAGGUUGAAAAACAUGGUGGAGGCACAUUUCUAGUGGAUCGGGCCAGAGAAGGGCGUGUUGACUUGGUUCAAAUGAUCCUUGAGCAUGCAGUCGAUGUCACUUCAAGCAGUGAAACCUGGGUCAUUCCUCUACAAAUGGCUAUCGUGAAUGGACAUUUGGAUGUGGUCCAAGUCUUUCUUGAAAAUGGCGUUGAUCUCACUCCCAAGAAUGGAUUUUCCGACCCCUCGAUAUGUUUUGCUGCAAGCCAAGGCAAUGAGAAGAUAUUGGAUAUCCUGAUCAAGCAUGGAGCUGAUGUCAAUACCCGAGAUCUGCUGGGCAGAACGCUUCUAUGCCUAGCGCAAGGACACGAAGCUGCCUGUCGGUUACUCAUUGAGCAUAAUGCAAAGAUGGAGUAA